AUGCCUUACUCAGCUGUAAACUAUAUCACCUUCAACUUUAGUGCCUUUGCUUGCAUAGCUUUUGUUGUAUUUCUAUCAUCUUCGCAACCAUACUUUCUUGACCAGGUGAUCAAUUUGGACCCAGAUCGAAUAGGAUCGGCCAUAGGGACGUUGGGGGCGGCCGACGAGCUCACAGCUAUCAUUUCAGCACCUCUUGUUGGAGCUUUAUGCGAUAAAAUUAAUGUUUGGUCUUCAAGCCCAUCGUCUCGGUUGCAACUAGGCGGAACAAAACUGGUGGUUCUGGUGAGUUUUUUCGUCAUAGCUCUUGCUCUCGUUGGUUACGGUAAAGUGGCUCACCACCUUGUGCCCGAUGUGAUUUUUUUCCGGUGUAUUUUUGCGGUUGGUGUCACCGCUGCUAUGAGCAUGGUUCCUGUAAUGUUGAACGAGGUCACCAGUGCCGGGUUUCAGUUCAAACAACUCAAAGUGUGGAAAAACCGUUCCCCGGCAUCGUCGCCGCUCCUUGAUGCUCCGACGAACCACCGCAAUGGAAAAAGCUCGGCGUUGGUUGGGGUUUUUACUGGCUUGGGUGCCAUUUUCUCGGUGUCGUUUUUUUUAACAAUGCCUGUCAAAUUGUCGGAAAAGUUUAGUCUCACCAUGGAAACUGCUAUCAGGUACUCCUACUGUGCCAUUGGAAUCGUGGCUGCCGUGGUUGGCGUCACAGCAUCGUUGUUCCUCUACAAUUCCGCUACGUCUCCAUCGCACCUGCCCGAACAGGUUCACUCCGAGGAAGUGGGUUACCUUCGUCUCCUCUACAACGGUCUCAAAGUAUCCAGAUAUAACCGCCGUGUACGCUUGGCAUACGUGGGAUCGUUUGUGGCUCGCUCAACCACAGUGGCUACUUCGGUUUUCAUCCCAUUGGUGGUAUACAACUACUACAUCAAACAAGGCAAUUGUGGAUCUCGCACCAACCUGUCCCAUGACUUGCCGUCUAAACAGUCGUGUUACGAUGCGUACAUAUUCUCGGCCAUUCUCACUGGAGUAGCGCAAACCGUGGCUCUUGUAUCGUCUCCUUUAUGGGGCUUCAUGAUCGACCAUGUCCGUGUGGGCCGCCAUAAGACCUUGGGUGCGAGCUCAUUAUGUGGACUACUUGGUUGUAUUGGCCUUUGCUUAGAUGCCAGUCUGGUAGUACACUAUUCGGAAUCAGCCGUGUACGACCCAAGAUCCACAACUUGCUUUUUGUUCGUCAGUUUAAUUGGUCUUUCUCAGAUCGGAACCAUUAUUGCAAGCAUGAGUCUUGUCAGCAGUCUCUCGCGCGAGUUUGACAGACAAUCUAUGGGCAGUAUUGGGGGACUCUACAGCUUGAGUGGUGGAGUAGGUAUCCUAAUAAUUACUAAAUUAGGAGGAGCUUGGAGCGAUAGUUGGAUCAUGGGACCAUUUUUCAUAUUGGGUGGGUUCAAUGCCAUACUAAUGGCGUGCUCCAUGACACAGAAUUGA